GCUGCCAUCGCACAUUGCACACACGUCUCCUCCACAAUUGGCUAGCGAUGGCCUAUCCCAAGCCAUUCCGCUUGCUGCCUCUGCUCCUACACCUCCAGCUCGUGGCCGUGGCCGUGACCGUGAACUCACUACUUCCUUCCGAGCCUCGGUUCACUGACCACACCACCGCGUCGCUGGAUUGUCUGCCGGACCAGGCGUCGGCAUUGCUCCGGCUGAAACAGUCCUUCCUCACCACAAAUCACUUCACCGUCGCCUUCCGUUCAUGGAAGGUCGACAUGGACUGCUGCCGCUGGGAAGGCGUUCGCUGCCGCGGCUCCACCGGCCGCGUCUCGUCGCUUGACUUGGGCGAUCGCGGCUUGGAGAGUCCCAACCUCGACCUCUCGCUCUUCGAGCUAAGUUCCUUAAGGUAUCUCAACCUGUCCGGAAAUGAUUUUCAUAUGUCUGAGAUGCCAUCCAUCGGGUUUGAGCGGCUCACCAAGCUAACCCACCUCAACCUCUCCGCCACCAACUUCUCAGGCCAGGUGCCAUCCGGCAUAGGCCGCCUCAGCAACCUCGUCUCUCUUGACCUCUCCUUCCGCUUCGAACCAUCAAUUGGACCGUUCCACGUCGACGGCAAGUUCCACGCCGACAUAACUCGUCCAGGGCAGCUCACACUCCCAAACUUAACGGUCAUACUUGAAAACAUGGCUAGCUUGAGGGAGCUCCAUCUUGGCUUCGUGGAUCUCUCCAACCAAGGGGGCGAGUGGUGCACUGCUUUGGCCAGGGUUCUUUGCCGGAUUCUCCUCUUUGAGUGUUCUUCAACUCGGUUAUAAUCACCUUCACGGAUGGGUACCUCCGUCUAUCUUUCAACACAAGAGACUGGUGACUAUUGAUCUUCAACAAAUUACUGGUCUGUCUGGUACUCUA